GGUGAGACAUGGAGCACAGCUCUCUGAGGACCAAAGUCCCAGCCUUCUUAUCUGACCUGGGGAAGGCCACCCUGAGAGGGAUCAGGAAGUGUCCUCGGUGUGGCACCUACAAUGGAACCCGGGGACUGAGCUGUAAGAACAAGACGUGUGGGACCAUUUUCCGCUACGGCGCCCGGAAGCAGCCUAGUGUGGAAGCGGUCAAAAUCAUCACGGGCUCUGACCUGCAGGUCUACUCAGUGCGGCAACGGGACCGGGGUCCGGACUACCGCUGCUUCGUGGAGCUCUGUGUUUCCGAGACGACCAUCCAGACAGUGGACGGCACGAUCAUCACCCAGCUGAGCUCUGGGCGAUGUUACGUCCCCUCAUGCCUGAAAGCUGCCACCCAAGUCGUUGUGGAAAACCAGUGCCAGCACAUCAAGCUGGCCGUGAACUGCCAGGCAGAGGCCACGCCUCUGACCCUGAAGAGUUCGGUCCUGAAUGCAAUGCAGGCCUCCCCGGAAACUAAGCAGACCAUCUGGCAGUUGGCCACGGAACCCACGGGUCCACUGGUACAGAGGAUUACCAAAAACAUCUUGGUGGUGAAAUGCAAGGCAAGCCAGAAGCACAGCCUGGGGUAUUUGCACGCAUCCUUUGUGCAGAAAAUCAGUGCCAAAAGCUUGCCGGAGCGCCGCUUCGUCUGCUCCUGCCAGACCCUGAAGUCGCACAGGUCGAACACCUCCAAGGGCGAGGCGGCCCGGAGAUGCAUUCAUUUCUUUGCUUGCAUCUGCGCCUUUGCCAGUGAUGAGACAUUGGCUCAGGAAUUCUCCGACUUCCUCAAUUUUGAUUCCAGCGGUCUCAAGGAGAUCAUUGUGCCCCAGUUGGGUUGCCAUUCAGAAUCAACAGCACCAGCUUCUGAGCCUACUGCCUGCAAACCAAAGAGGAGGAAAAAGGAUGACCGAGCUGGUAUGCAGACAAACGGUUCACUGAUGCCUCAAGAUGCAGUCAGCAGUAACCUAAGGAAAAGUGCCCUGAAGAAGCCGGUGGUUGCUUCAUCAUUGAAGAGGCAGGCCUGCAGCCAGCUGUUGGAUGAGGCACAAGUGACCUUGUCCUUCCAGGAGUGGCUGGCCAGUGUCACAGAGCGCAUCCAUCAAACCAUGCACUAUCAGUUUGAUGAACCCCUGCUGAGCUGCCACUUCUGUCCUCCAGGCAAACCUGAGCCCUUGGUGUUCCACAUUCCCCAGUCCUUCUUUGAAGCCCUGCAACAAAGAAUCUCUAUGGGAAGUGCAAAGAAGCGGCUCCCCAACUCCACCACAGCUUUUGUUCGGAAAGAUGCCUUGCCACUGGGGACCUUUUCCAAGUACACCUGGCAUAUCACGAAUAUUCUGCAAGUGAAACAAAUCUUAGAUACCCCAGAGAUGCCCUUGGAAAUCACCCGGAGCUUUAUCCAGAACCGCGAUGGGACUUACGAGCUGUUUAAGUGCCCCAAAGUGGAAGUAGAGAGCAUAGCAGAAACUUACGGCCGGAUCGAAAAGCAGCCCUUGCUGCGGCCCUUGGAACUAAAAACGUUUCUCAAAGUCGGCAACACGUCCCCAGAUCAGAAGGAGCCAACACCCUUCAUCAUUGAGUGGAUCCCAGAUAUCCUUCCGCAGUCCAAGAUCGGAGAGCUGCGGAUCAAGUUUGAGUAUGGUCACCACCGCAAUGGGCAUGUAGCAGAGUAUCAAGACCAGCGGCCCCCCCUGGACCAGCCCUUGGAACUGGCCCCGCUGACCACCAUCACUUUUCCAUGAGGCAAAACGAAGGGGUCCUUUCUAUGUUGCUAGAUUUGCACAUCCCCCACCCACCCCCACCCCCCGUGGAUAAAUUUCAAUAGGAGCUCGGCCAUGGGGCCCUGUCCCGUAGUAACUGCUCUUUGUGAAGAUGCACUUCCCAAAAGCACUCGGGUGGGUUCCGCUGAAGAAAACUGGUCCGUCCCUGUGUGGUGCUGCUGCGGGCGGUCUUCCUCAGAAACGGAGCCAUGUUUCUCAUAGGAUUUAGAAAGGAACAAGAGGAAAGCCUUUCCAUCUGAAAGACUCGCCUUUAGAGUUUCUUUCAACCUUUUUUGCUAAUUUUGUUUUAAGAAGUCUGCGAUCCUCAGCCUGACCCAGCGGUGUUGGACCAUUGGGGCAGUGAUGGACCAUCCUGGCAGCUGCAGCACAUGCAUUUUGUUCAUAAAUAAAGCACAAUGCCACUGCUUUGUUCCCACUGGAA